AUUUAACCAAAAAAAAUGUCACUUCAAAAUCAUAUAUUUUAAGAAGCACCACCGAAGAAGCCUUUGAGUGCUUAUUUCCUGUUUUUAGGAGAUGAGAGACAUGAAAUUAUGAAAAAUAAUCCUGGAUCAAAAAUAUCAGAGAUUACAUAAAUUGCAGCACGAAUGUGGGCAGAACUUGAUGAAUAGAGAAAGAUAGAAUAUUAAAAAAGAACAGGGGUACUACAAAAAGAGUAUGAAGUAAAAAAAAAGGAAUAUGAAGUAAAAUAUGGUGAAAUUAAGAGAAAAUCAAAGAAAAAGUAAAGGUAAAUUGAUCAUCAAGAGCAUGAGAAAAGCGUAUAGAAAAAGAUUAAAAAAUGA